AUUGAUUUUUUUUUCUUAUAAUUGUUAUUUCCAUUGUCUCUUUUUUAUCGUUUGAAAACACUUUUGUGCAUCUCGAAUAUCAUAAAAUUGAGUGCUGUAUAACUCCAAAUUUUGAUUCGGCAUUUGCAUUGACAUCCCUUUUUCACUUGAUAAUUUCAUACAGUUGAGUAAAGCGACCUUUUGGGAGGAAAAACGAUUUUUUUCAGGGCUAACAACCAACUUUUAGUUCAUUGCCAACAAAUACUGAAAAAAUAUACUUGUAUUUUUUGACACCUCUCCCCCUCAAUAAAAAGUUCGUUGUAUUUAUUUAUUUAUUUUUUAGUUUGGAUGUGCUGAAUGUUGUGUCGAAGCGUUCAUGCUUCUUUUCGCGUGGAGACAGCUCGUCAGUUGGCAGACGAUCCCUUGGCCAAUGGCACUAACAUAGCAAAGUACAGCAGCUCAGUCCGCGUGUGCGCCACAUCCAGGCGUGGACGCUUUCCACGCGGCGCCCACACACAGCUGGCGUGAGCCCCGCACAUUGGAUGUAACACCACACGGUGUGUGAUUAAUGUCCUCGAUGGCACUUAAGUAGCCUCCAUCUUCUCCGUGAUAAUCCCACGAAGAAAUGACCGGUGUGUAAGGGCUCUCAGCGGCAGAGGAGCUGGCGGUAAAUGAGAGGGCGUCACCGUCACCAUGCCCCCAGGGAAGCAUGGGAUGCAGGAGGAGUGGGAGCGAGAGUGUGACCAAGGCAUCAGGAUGGACUUCCUGUUGCCCACUGGCAUCUACCUCACCUUCCCAGUGUCUCAUAAAGACACAAUCAAGAGCAUCAAGUUGCUGGUUUGGGAAAAUGCCAGAAAAGAGGCACUUUUCUCAGCACUUGGUCAUCCAGACGCAUAUGUCUUCACUUGCAUCAAGCAGACGGGUGAGAGUGAGGAGCUGGAGGAGGAAUCGAGGCGUAUAAGUGAUGUGCAGCCCUUCAUGGGCGUUUUGAGACUGGUGGCCAGGGAGGGUGACCGUGUUGAGAAACUCACCAACAGCCAAAUCAGCUUUUUAAUAGGCAAAGGCCUGCAUGAGUUUGAGGCCCAGAAAAACCACGAGGUGAGUGAGUUUAGGACCAAGAUACGAGCGUUCUGCGAGGAAAAGGCUCAGCUACGGCAGGCGUCACCAUGGCAACAGUGGAUGGCAUACAUGUUCCCAUGUGACCUGGAGCCAUGCUGCUACCUGCCGAUGUGCGGCAAGUCACAAAACACCAAGAUCUUCAUUAACAUCAAGUUUGAGGCCUGUGACGAAAGCUUCAUGGUGCAGCAGGAGCUAAAAGACCUCCCCAUGGCUCUAAUGAGAAGUGCCCUUAAGAAGAAGGCCACUGUCUUCCGCUCCCUGCAGCAAGAGCCUGAGGACUACGUUUUACAGGUUAACGGAAGGUGGGAAUUCAUCUAUGGGACACAUCCCCUGUGUCAGUUUAAAUACAUAUUUUCCUGUUUGAGAGCUAGCCAAACUCCUCAUCUCACCUUGGUGCACCACUCCACUAUCAGCAAGUAUCAGGAAGAGCAUGGGAGGAUGUGUAGUCAGGUGUGCAAGAGUCGCUCCUUGUCCAGACCUCCUCCUUUGCCACUCAAGAAGCAGAACACCACCUCUCUUUGGUCCAUAAAUGAGCCUUUCUACAUCCAUCUGCUUCAAGGCAGCCGAGUCAAUGCAGAUGAAGGAAUGAAGCUUGUGGUGCAGGCUGGACUCUUUCAUGGAAAUGAACUUCUCUGUAAGGUGGUAACCAGCUCCGAGGUGGCAGUAAGCUCUGAGCCUUUAUGGGACCAAAAAGUGGAGUUUGAUAUAAAUGUGGCCGACCUGCCUCGGAUGAGCAGGCUUUGCUUUGCCCUCUAUGCCGUCUUCGACAAGGCAAAGAAGCCCCGAGGUACCAAAAAGAAGAAUAAGAAAGUGGACUGUCCUAUAGCCUGGGGGAACACCAUGGUGUUUGACUACAAAGACCAGUUGAAGACCGGCGAAGUUGUUUUGUCUACAUGGCCAUCUGUUCCUGAUGACAAAAGUGACCCUCUGAACCCGAUGGGAACGGUUGAGAAGAAUCCUAACGUUGACAGUGCAGCUGGCCUUCUCAUCCGCUUCCCAAACAUCAGACCUCAUCCGCUCUACUAUCCUCCUAUUGACAAGAUAUGUGGUGUGGAAACAAAUGGGGAUGCAGCUGUCGCAACAAAAGAAGAGAACCUGAAACUGAAAGAAAUAAUGGACAACAAAAACUACACAGAGUUCUUCGAGGAUGAGAAGGAGCUGUUGUGGAAGCUCCGCGCAGAAGUCCGAGACUAUUAUCCUGAAAGUCUUUCCAAGCUCCUCCUCAUCACCAAGUGGAAUAAGAGAGAAGAUGUUGUCCAGAUGGUGAGUCUUCUGAGGAACUGGCCCGAACUCCCUGCUAUCCCUGCCUUGGAGCUCUUAGAUUACAGUUUUCCAGACCCCGCAGUCCGUUCUUUCACCAUCAGAUGCCUCAGGAAGCUCAGUGAUGACGAGCUGUUGCAGUAUUUAAUACAGCUGGUUCAGGUCCUUAAAUACGAGUCCUACCUAGACUGUGACCUCACAACGUUCCUGCUCGAGAGGGCCUUAUUCAACAGGAAGAUAGGGCACUUUCUCUUUUGGCAUCUCAGGUCAGAGAUCCACGUGCCAUCUGUCAGCGUACGGUUUGGCCUGAUUCUUGAGGCUUAUUGCAGGGGUAGCAUCCACCACAUCAAACUCUUAACUAAACAGAACGAGGCUCAAGGCAAAAUGAAGGUCCUCAGCGACUCAGUCAAAUCAGGCCCCCAGAAAAUGAAUGUUGAAGACCUGAAGCUGUUCAUCAGACAGGAGUCAGAUGCUUUGUCCAACCUGCUGUCACCACUCAAUCCGAGCGUCAUCCUCGCUGAAAUCUGUACAGACAAGUGCAGAUUUAUGGACUCAAAGAUGAAACCACUCUGGUUGAUGUAUAAGAGUCCUUGGACUCAAGGAGACAUGGUGGGCAUUAUUUUCAAGAAUGGGGAUGAUCUUCGGCAAGACAUGUUGACACUCCAGAUGAUCCAACUCAUGGAGAAUUUGUGGAAGAAAGAAGGACUGGAUCUCAGAAUGAUCCCAUAUGGGUGCUUAUCCACUGGGAACAAGAUGGGCUUCAUUGAGGUGGUGAAGAACUCGGAUACAAUCGCCAAUAUCCAGCGAAAUAACAGCAACAGUGCUGCCACUGCUGCCUUUAAUAAAGAUGCCCUGCUCAACUGGCUCAAAUCCAAGAAUCCAGGAGACAAACUGGAGCAAGCAAUCGAGGAGUUUACCCUCUCUUGUGCUGGCUACUGUGUAGCUACUUAUGUUUUGGGCAUUGGAGACCGUCACAAUGACAACAUUAUGAUCAGGGAAACAGGACAGCUGUUUCACAUUGACUUUGGACAUUUCCUGGGAAACUUCAAGCGCAAACUCGGCAUCAACAGGGAACGUGUGCCUUUUAUUUUGACAUACGACUUUGUUCAUGUGAUUCAACAAGGGCGAACGAACAACAGUGAGAAGUUUGAGAGGUUCAGGGAAUACUGCGAGCGAGCAUAUAAGAUCCUGUGUCGAAACGGGACGUUGUUUGUCAACCUCUUUGCAAUGAUGAAGGCAGCUGGACUGCCCGAACUCUCUUCCUUUAAGGAUAUUCAGUACCUAAAGGAUUCUUUAGCUUUGGGCAAAUCAGAAGAAGAGGCACUGAAGAAUUUCAAAGUGAAGUUCAAUGAGGCUCUCCGAGAGAGCUGGAAGACCAAGGUCAACUGGAUGAUGCACUCUUUGGCCAAGGAUAACAGACCAUAAAGUAGGACAAUGUAAUGUAAAAUCAAAUGACAAUGUAAUAGAUAGAAAAGGCAAGAGGAAACAAUCAGGUAUCUCAUUUUACAAACGGCAGAAGAUGAUUGUUAACAUGCGAUUGCAGCCAAAGACAAUAAGAUGAUUGUGGAUAAGUUAGACUGAAAUAUAAAUUUACCAUAACAUUGCACUAAACAGCAUAUGCCAUCAGUGUUGGACUUCAGCAAAGGGUCAGAUAGGAUUUCUUUAUUUAAUUUAAUUUUAAAUAUUUGUACAAACAUAUUUUUAAAGGUCUUUUGCAGCUUUAUCAGUUUGGAUGCAGUAUGUUGCAUUUGCUGUGCCAGUAGUUGAGAUUUUAAAUUAUUAUUAUCUUUUUAAAUAUUUAAUUAAUUGACACAGCCAGGACUGAAGCUUUCAGUUGAAGUGAAUCUGAUUGUGUCACACUGUGUAAAAUUUCAAACAAAUUCAUAAUAAUGAUUACAUUAUUAUUAUUGAAAAGUUUUGUUUAUUUUAUGGUGCUCAGGACUCUCUUGUGUAUUUUAAUCAAAUAUGGAACAUUUAAAAGAAUGACAAUUACUUUUUUAAGAGAAUGUGGCUUAUUGUCUGAAUGUGAUUUUUACUGUUUUCUGAUAAUGAAGUAUCAUUUUGAUUUUGUUUGUUUGUGAGAGAUUUUCCAAAUGCCAUUAUUCAUAAUGUCUGUUCUCAAACUUGUUUACUGUUUGACAAAGUAUCCUCCGGAGAAUUGCACUUGUUUUUUAGCACUAAAAACAUUAUUCCAUUCAAGUGGAUUUAAAUAUUACUUUCAAUGUUUUAUACCCUUCACCUGUCCGGCUCCCUUGUAUGUAGUUUGCAUAUUCUUGUAUGGGUUUUGUCCAGAUUCACCAACUUUCUCCCACGUUUCAAUUUAGAACAUAUGAAUGUUAGGUUAAUUGAAGACUCUAAAUUGUUCAUUGGUGUGAUUGUUGGUGUAAAUUCUUGUUUAAAUGUACCUUACAAUUAGCUGGCAACCAGUUCACCUGCCCAAACUUUGUUAGAAAUAGCUUACCUGCAACCCAAAUGAAGAUACUGUAUGUGCUAUAGAAAAUGAAUGGCUAUAUUUUAAUUUGAAUUCAUGAAUAUGUAUUUUAUAUAGUAUUCUUAAGAAUAAAAGUGCUGGAAAUUUACACAGUGAAUUUUAAUUUGCAUCGUGCAGCCUUUGAUGACACCAUUGUUCUAAAUUUAUAUUAUAAAGUAAAUACUACUGGUGUCAACAAUAAUCGAUGCGGCGAUGCAUCCCGAUGCGGGGGAUGGACGAUCCGAUUUGAUGCGGGCAACAAGCCGAAUCGAUUCAGCGCAUUUUAAAAUAUAUAAGACUAAUAGCCUAGCUCUUGAGCCCUAACCCAACCCGACCCGAAUUUCGGGCCGAGUCGGGCUCAAAAUGUCAAUGAUUUACAUUCGGGUCGGGUCUGGCUGGACUUCUUGCUCACUUUUGUUUUUUAAAUAAAUAUAUAUUUGUAUACUAAAACGAUGUAUGGAUGUUAAACUAAGGAAUAUUUGUUAUAAAAAUAAAUAAAUUGGAUAAAACAGAGAGAAGGCGCUUUGGUAAUCCCAAACAUGAGUCGCAGCAGAGCCCGUGCAUUGUUUGCACACAUGAACGCCGUGGCCCCACCCUCCUUUUAAUCUUCCCCUCGCGCUUUGGCCUCUCCGCGAGUCCGCAACUGCAUCCUCGUAUUUCCUUUUCGAAUUUCGAUAUAGAGCAGCAAGAGGUGAAAAGCAAACUAAAGACGGGGGGAUUGAAAAGGCAAGAAUCCACGCGUGGUAUGUGGAAAGGAUUUAAAUCGAUAGUGGAAGAUGCUACAUGCAGAAAACCGUAUCGACCUUGCCGAAUGCAACAAAUGUGGCGCUUUGCUCUCGUACGAGAGCAGAAAGACUGGCACCUUGACGCCGAGCAGGCAUUUUAAAAACUGUACUGGCCUAAAAAAUGAUAUUAGUCAAACAUCGUUAUUAUCAUUUGUUUCGAGGGCUGCACCUCUUCGUGCUAAGCAGGACAUCGUGGUGUUCCUUUAAAUGUUAUUAUUUAUUUUGUUUCAGUGCUCCUUAAGUUGUUCUUUUGUGUGUUCUAA